AUGAGGUCUGCAAAGUCCGUGGUCUCCGAGAACUGGUAUUCUCGUCCUGACGCUGCGUCUGCACCGACAAACGGGUCCCUGGAUCAUGACAAUAUGCGGCUGCCCUCACGCACCAUUACGGGUCUGCGGCGGUGGUCGGUCAUUAAUAGGGAGCUCCCAGCGGUGUCGCAGGUAAGAGCUAUCCACGUUUACGACUUCGACAACACAUUGUUCUUGAGUCCCCUCCCGAAUCCGCAGUUAUGGAAUGGUCCGACUAUUGGCUUCCUGCAAGCUUACGAGAGCUUCGCAAACGGAGGAUGGUGGCACGACCCGAACCUCCUUUCAGCUACUGGGGAUGGAAUGGACAAGGAAGAGCUGCGAGCUUGGGACGGCUGGUGGAAUGAGCAGAUUGUCCGAUUGGUGAAGCUGAGUAUGCAGCAAAAGGAUGCCUUGACGGUGCUCCUUACCGGUCGCAGCGAGAGUGGCUUUGGGGAGAUAAUCAAACGCAUGGUGGACAGUAGAAAGCUGGAGUUUGACCUCGUUUGUCUCAAGCCCGAAGUUGGCCCAAACAGCGAGCGGUUCUCCUCCACCAUGGUGUUCAAGCAAAGCUUUCUCGAAGACCUCGUUCUCACUUAUGAGCAGGCUGACGAAAUUCGGGUGUAUGAGGAUCGUGUGAAGCAUGUGAAAGGCUUUCGGGAUUACUUUGAGCAGCUGAACCGAAAGUUCCAGUCUGCACAGGCUUCCACCCCGAGAAGACCGAUCAAUGCAGAGGUGAUUCAGGUAGCCGAAGGAUGCACAUUUCUCUCCCCUGUAAUUGAAACGGCUGAGGUGCAGCGUAUGAUCAACUCUCAUAAUCGCUCUUCUCGCAACCCAGCGCUCAAUGGUACCAAGUCACCAUAUGGUCGACUGCGUAUCAAGCGCACCAUUUUCUACACUGGAUAUCUUAUCUCAAAAGCGGAUUCAAACCGUUUGAUCAGCCAAUUGCUGAAUCCAAUCCUGCCCCAUGGGCUUGCUGACUCCAAUGACUUGAAGUACAUGGCUAACAACAUUCUCAUCACGCCCCGUCCCGCACCCAAGUCCAUCCUGGACAAGGUUGGUGGAAUCGGGAAAAAGCUAAGCUGGCAGGUUACUGGCACUGCUGUGUUUGAGAACCGGGUUUGGGCGGCUCGUUUAUCUCCUAUUCCUGCGAAUGAAAAGUUCUACACAGAGAACCCACAGCCCGUGGUAGUUUUGGCUGUGCGCAAGGGCGCCCGUCCCAUUGAUGCAGGCAAAAUCCAAAACUGGCAUCCUGUCCCUGCUGAUAAGGCAUUGUCUUUUGAGACAGUCGUUGGCGAGAAAGUUGUCUUGCGCGUUGAAGAAGAGAAUCCCAAUGAAGGCGAAUGGGAAAGCCAGUUCUUGAACAAGAACAACAAGAGGCGUCAUCAACAAGAACGUGAUGAAGACAUUCUGUACCCACAAGACGGCCAAAACGGUCAAGACGGCCCCCCUCAAGGUCGACCACACCCCUACUCCCACCCACGCCAUGGAAAUGGCCACCAUCAUCACGACGAUGGACCUCGUCGUGGAUCCUAUCGUGGGCGUGGCCGUGGAAAUGGUCGAGGACGAGGACAUUCCAACCGCGGAGGGCGUGGGAGAGGCCGUGGCCGCGAUGCUGGUCCUCCCCCAGGUUAUAGAUCACUGGACGAUUAUGGUGGUUAUGAAGGAGCAUACGAAGAAAAGCAAGGCUCAGGUGGCGGUGCGCCUGUGAUGAAUUAUUAA